AUGAAGUCUAGAUACCUGGUGACAUCUUAUCAACGUGGACUUUCCCUUGUGGUUUACAGGCUGUCAGGAGCCAGCCACCCCUUGCCACCCCCCUGUGACAUGGAUUCAUGUAGCUCCGAGGAAUUCUACCAGGCUGUUCACCAUGCGGAGCAAACCUUCAGAAAGAUGGAAAGCUAUUUGAAGCAACAGCAGCUCUGUGAUGUUAUCCUGAUUGCUGGGAAUCGCAAGAUACCUGCACAUAGACUUGUCCUCAGUUCUGUCUCUGAUUACUUUGCUGCCAUGUUUACAAGUGAUGUUUGUGAAGCCAAACAAGAAGAGAUAAAAAUGGAAGGCAUAGACCCCAAUGCACUGUGGGAUCUUGUUCAGUUUGCAUAUACAGGCUGCCUGGAAUUGAAAGAAGAUACCAUUGAAAAUCUUCUAGCAGCUGCCUGCCUCCUCCAGCUGCCACAAGUAGUAGAGGUUUGCUGCCAUUUUCUAAUGAAGCUUUUGCACCCAUCCAACUGUUUGGGAAUACGAGCAUUUGCUGAUGCACAAGGAUGCACGGAGCUUAUGAAGGUGGCUCACAACUACACCAUGGAGAAUAUAAUGGAAGUUAUAAGAAAUCAAGAAUUUUUACUUCUACCAGCUGAAGAACUCCAUAAACUUCUUGCUAGUGAUGAUGUGAAUGUUCCUGAUGAAGAGACCAUUUUCCAUGCCUUAAUGAUGUGGGUGAAGUAUGAUAUGCAGAGGCGAUGCAAUGACCUGAGUAUGCUACUUGCUUAUAUCAGAUUACCACUGCUUCCACCUCAGAUAUUGGCUGACCUAGAAAACCAUGCACUUUUUAAGGAUGACCUAGAAUGCCAGAAGCUUAUUCUGGAAGCCAUGAAAUACCAUCUUUUACCAGAGAGAAGAACUCUUAUGCAAAGUCCAAGAACUAAACCUAGAAAAUCUACAGUUGGAACACUUUAUGCUGUUGGAGGAAUGGAUAACAACAAAGGUGCCACAACUAUUGAAAAGUAUGAUCUCAGAACAAAUAUAUGGAUUCAGGCUGGAGUGAUGAAUGGCAGGAGGCUUCAGUUUGGUGUUGCUGUCAUCGAUGACAAGCUGUUUGUCAUUGGAGGCCGGGAUGGUUUAAAGACGUUAAACACCGUUGAAUGUUACAACCCAAAGACCAAGGCUUGGACUGUAUUACCACCAAUGUCAACACAUAGGCAUGGCUUAGGAGUUACAGUGCUUGAAGGGCCUAUUUAUGCAGUGGGAGGACAUGAUGGUUGGAGUUAUUUGAAUACAGUUGAGAGGUGGGACCCUCAAAGUCAGCAGUGGACAUUUGUGGCAAGUAUGUCAAUUGCCAGAAGCACUGUUGGAGUAGCAGCUUUAAAUGGCAAGUUAUAUUCCAUUGGAGGUCGGGACGGAAGUUCAUGUUUGAGUUCAAUGGAAUAUUAUGAUCCUCACACAAAUAAAUGGAAUAUGUGUGCUCCUAUGUGUAAGAGAAGAGGAGGUGUAGGAGUGGCGACAUGUGAUGGUUUUCUUUAUGCAGUUGGAGGCCACGAUGCUCCUGCUUCUAACCAUUGUUCCCGACUGCUGGACUAUGUAGAAAGGUAUGAUCCAAAGACUGAUACAUGGACAAUGGUGGCUCCACUGAGUAUGCCUCGAGAUGCUGUUGGUGUCUGUCUUCUUGGUGACAAAUUAUAUGCAGUAGGUGGCUAUGAUGGUCAAACAUACCUGAACACUAUGGAAGCAUAUGACCCUCAAACUAAUGAAUGGACACAGCAGUUCCUAUUGGCCGAAGGCCCCAACUACUAUGAAGCCCUGAGAGCAAAGGCAAUCAAUGGCUGUUAUACUUCAGCAGCCAAGAAGCCCUAUUAUCAUUGGGCAGGUGCACCUGCCACUAUCAGGAAGGACCCUGACAGACUUGAGGAGUGGGCCCAUGUGAACCUCAUGAAAUUCAAGAAGGCCAAGUUUAAGACCCUACACCUUAGUCAGGACAAUCCCCAGUAUCAGUACAGAAUGGAGGAUGAAUUCAUUGAAGGUAGCCCUGAGGAGAAGGACUUGGGGAUACUGGUGGAUGAAAAGUUGGAUGUUAGCCAGCAAUGCACACUUGCAGCCCCCAAACCAGUUAUAUCCUGUGCUGCAUAA